UCUGUCAUUAGUGUCACAUUUUGUUGAUUUUGUUAGCAGUUGAGAACGCUUGUUUUCGUUUUAAUAAUUAAUCGUUAAUGUGAUACCAACAAGUCUCCCGAAAUAUAUACUACAAAAACUGAUUAAACAUAAUCGACACUAUGACGGCCGCGGACAAUGAGUAUCCUAAGGCUUCAAACGCAACUCUCAUCGGAGCCAGCCUAACGUACAUCGCUGGCCUAUUUCUGCUGCUAUCAUUUGCCGGUCCCUAUUGGAUCGAGUCGUAUCCCGAAAUGUUUUCAAGUUUCAAACACAUGGGCCUAUGGGAAUACUGUUUCGACCGUUUUCGCUUCCCUUCAUACCAGUUUGACAAACUGUUUCAUGGGUGCCACUACAUCUUUAGUGAGGAAUUUUAUGUGAUCCGAGAAUGGUUGCUUCCUGGGUGGUUAAUGGCAGUGCAGUCAUUUGUGACCAUGGCUCUGAUAUUGUCAUUCUCAUCCCAAGUGUUGCUGGCGUGUGUCAUAGUGAGAUGGCCACUCCGCACCGUGCUGCGUUAUGAAUGGAUCUUUGUCACUUCCGCUUUCAUCAUGGUGGCUAUUGCAAGCGUGUUCUUGUUUCUGGCAGUAGCCAUAUUUGGUGGGAACUGCUACCGUCGUGACUGGCUGCUGUACCCCUCAUUCAAUGUUCUGUCGUGGUCAUACGCUUUUGCUGUAGUUGCUUUCAUCUUGUUCGGAGCGGCAGCGAUACUCUUGUAUUUGGAAUCCCGAAAGCUUUAUGAACUGCGUUUGGAAGCAAAGAAUUUGGUAGCUCAGAUGCAACACAGUCAGCCUGAACAUGCUCUGCACCAGUUGCGCGACCAGUUGCAGCAACAGCGUCAAAUGGGUUACAUGUAAAAUAACACUUGAUUUCAUACUUUUUCAAUGUACUUUAAACACAAAGCCUUAUAUUGAACACAAAGUAGACCAUAUUUUUAUGACUCCUUAGGUAAUUAUUUCACACAUUAAUGAUACUAAACAUUUUAUCUUGGGCUUAGGCCACACCUUGGUAUUCUGCUCGUGGUUAACUGCACUAACAGGAAAAUCUCUACUGGUGCACAUACUACGGUUUUAAAAAUCUCUAUAAAAUAUAGUUUUUGCAGUCACUAUAAUUUUGUCAUAUUUUACAGUUCAAUUAAAAAGAAAAACCGCUAGUAGGGCCGUUUGAAUUCGGUAUUGUUUUAGUAACUCCCUCGGUAAGAAACGCCGCGAUAUAACUCGUCUCUAAUCUAUCUUUGGGUUAUUGGGUUAGCAAACAAUCACACAGCUGCCAGCUGCUAAUUACAUAAAAGCUUGUAACACAAGCUCUGACAAGUUUACAUGAGAUUACUACCUAAGUUCUGUCAUUUCAUUUUGUAAUCUACAUUGUGAGUAAUCUAUUUAAGAUUUUACUCUGAAUUACUGGUGAGGACUGAGGAGUAAUAGUAAUCUUGUGUAAAAAGGUAUUUUUAUUAGAUCUAAGCAAUUAAAAUUCAUCAUCAACUGAUAUAAUCUCAAGAAAAGACUUUUGUUUUGAUGUUAGUUCUUACAUAUUUUACAGGAUUUGUGUUCUAAUGUAAUUAGGCUAAUUGGUUUUAUUUCCCUCUAUGUACUUAUAUAUUUUGCCCUCCAUUAAUAAUCUCAAGUAUUUUUUUAAAGUAUGAAUUAAAUUAGUAGCUAAUUUUGAUUUGAUAUUUUGUACACUAGGAUAUUAAUUCACUUAUUUUACAGUUUUAAUUUGUGACUGAUAAUUUUUUCGUUCUGUUGACUAACAGUUAUUAUUAUUUUUAAGUUAUACUUAAUACUAAGUAUUGUAUGUACAAGAAUGACAUUGUCUUAAUUUUUUCUGUGUAUUAAUUUACGUAUUAUUUUUUAUUAUUCUAGGAUUAGGUUUUUUACGUAUAUGAUAGUAUCUGUUUUAUCAAAAUGUAUUUUAAUCUAAUUAUAAUUAAGUUUUGAUUCAACAAACACGAUGACACAUGUACCUAAUGAAUUGAAAUAAGUGCCUUGAAAAAAAAAAUCUGUAUACAGUGCCUUCGUGUAUUAUUGUUGGUUAUAACAAAUCCGUCCGAAAAAUAAUCUCAUUUGUAUGCCAUUCCAAGGAUGUGCACUGAUUGUAUGUACUGAUAAUUUUAAAUAAAUAAUAUUUUAGUGAACAAA